AUGAAUACGAUCUUGACAUCGAUUACCACCCUCCUCCUACUAGUACAUCUCUCGUCCGCCGCGUCCGGCACCUUCGACAUCCUCACCUACAACAUCGCGGGCCUACCUUCCUUUUUGACAGAUAACGGUGUCCCAGGCGACAAGGCCACCAACGCAGCGACCAUCGGCUCCAAGUUCGCCGAGUACGCCUACGACGUGAUCCACGUGCAGGAGGAUUUCGCAUACCACUCAGCCCUGUACGAGCAUGACAACCACGCCUACCGCACCGUCACGUCCGGCAACGUGCCGCUGGGAAGCGGCCUGAACACGCUCUCCCAGUACCCGUGGACGACCUUCGCCCGCGUGCCAUGGAACACGUGCUUCCUCAACGAAGCGGACUGCCUUACGCCCAAGGGGUUCACGUUCAUGCGCCUCCAGCUGCCAUCAGGUGGCGUGACCGUCGAUCUGUACAACUUGCACGCCGACGCCGGGGACGAGCAAGGGGACAAGAAUGCCCGACACGCCAACGACGAGCAGCUCCUCGCGUAUAUCGCUGCCAACUCGGUCGGGCGCGCGGUCGUCAUUGCCGGCGACUUGAAUGAUCGGUAUACCGAGGCGGGAAGGAGCAUUGAUCUCCUCACGAGGGCAGGGUUCCAUGAUGCAUGGAUCGAGCUUGUCAGGGGUGGAAGCGAGCCCGCAGCUGGCUCUCCUAAUAUCGACUGUGGAAUCCCGGCGGGGAGGAAUGAUUGCGAGGAUGUGGAUAAGAUAUUGUAUCGCUCCGGCGACUCGGUCGGCUUGUCGGCGCUCAACUACAUCCACGUGGCGAACAAGUUCGUGCAGCCCAACGGGGAGCGGCUCUCGGAUCACAAUCCCAUCAGGGUGGAGUUUGCAUGGUCGACGGCUUGA